AUGGAAAACCAUAGGGACCUCUCAAAAUAUAAAAAAUCCAUAAAAUAUAAGAUUGAUAAUAAUUAUAAUAAAUAUGUUGGAAUAUCUAAAGAUGUAUAUAAUAGCGAUGAAGAUGCGUUAAAACCAAUAAAACAUUAUUUUUUUGAUUCAGAUGAAGAUUUUCAAUCAGUUCUUUUAGAAAAAAGUAAAAAAAAGAAAAAUGAACAAAACUGUAACCAUACGAAUUUGUUAGAUAUAAAAACAAAUAGAAAAUAUAAAAAUGUGUUUGACAGAUUAACAGAUACCAAUUUUUACACAGGAAUACAUAAAGAAAGAUUUGAUGAAUUAGGAAAUGGUAGAGGUAAAGCUGGAACUACAGAUAUUUAUAUACAUGAUGGAUGGACACAAGCAAAAACAAGAAAUCACGAAAUAUAUUCAUCAGAUAUUAAAAAAUCAAAAAAAAACCCUGUAGUUACACCCGGUACAUUAGGAAUACAAAAAUAUGGGAUUCAAAUAGCAUCUCCAAAAAAUAUUUGGAUUUUUAGAAAUGGGGAUAAACAUCAUAAUGGAAUUCUUUUUCUAGUAAAGCCUCAUAUAAAUAAUUUAAAAACCUUGUUUUUUGAAAUUACAAAAGUUUUAUCACCUACUAUUGGCCCUAUAAGAAAAAUAUAUGAUCAAAAUUUUAGAUUAGUAAGAAGUGUAGAACAUUUAGUUGAGGGUGCAAAAUACUUAUGCACAUCUGGGGAUCCCCCUGCACCAAUAGAUAGGCUUCAACUUUUUUUAAGCAAAUGGGUUAUACAGAACUAA